GCCGACGGUUUCGACAUCUUCGCAGACCCAGAUGAGGCGGUUCUCCUAGCGGAGCGCGCUGCAAAGGACAGUGAGAAGACUCCGCUCGUAGAGUUACCGCCUGAGGAGAUGCAGCAGAUUCAGGAGGGCCUGGAUGAAGUGAUCGCCUCGGCUGCCGGCACGGGGGGACCAGUGGGCUCUGACGAGGUUUUCGAGCUCCUGGAGCGCUCCGUGGCUGGAGGGGAGGUUGCAGCCGCGGUGUACUUGAGCGAACGCAUUGAGGCGCGAGUGCGUGCAUCUAUCCUGGUACCGCAGUGCGGGGCUUAUGGUGUCACAUGCAUACAAACGCAAGGUGGCAAGUGCUAUUUUCCUCAUUCCUCGCAGCAGCAUUGGUGGGAGAAUGACCAUGACAAGUCUUGCAGCGACUGCUCAAAGUGCGAGGAGGAAGAGGCUAGGGGUUUCGAGAUUAUUGAAGACCACGAUUGGAUCUUUGCCUUGAAGGGCGAUGGAUGCACCAUCAAGGAUUCCGCUGGGGAGGAUACCACGGACUGCUUGCGGUCCGUAGUGAACCCCACCACGCAGAAGUACAGCUCUCAUUCCAAUUGCUUUGUGAGGCUCAAGAAGCAGAAGUACCUGACAUUCGAUUCCUUUCACACGGAGGCCCGGUUCGAUGACCUGGCUGUCUACGACUUAAAUGCGUCCGAGGCGCACUUGCUUCACAGAUGGUCUGGAGAGGUGAAGCCAGCGGCGAGGAUGUUUAACAACUCGUGGGCCCUUGUGUGGGAUGCGGAUUAUUCCAUUCAGAAGAAAGGCUGGAAGCUGUGCAGCGGCUGCCCAGCAGGCAGCGGCGACACUGGAGAUGGCAAAUGCAAAUGUUCCCAAGGAUUCAUCUGCAAGAACCGUAAAGAGCGCUGGCUGCCUGUUCUGAGCUGGUCCAUCAGCUGGAUCCAAAACUGCUCAGCCAGCAACAAUUCAGAGGCACAUUUCCGACCGGACGAGGUGGGCAUCCAGUGUGUCAACCAGAGGAAGGAGUUCACAAUCUACGUUGCUGUUAUGCUCUCGGGCGCCUUUGAGAUGUCAGCGAUGCUUGUACUCUCUGCAGUCCACUACCUCUUGCCGCUCUCCCUUGGCUUGUACCUCAGUGCUGUCAUGGUCUUUACCAUAGCAGCACACUGCCACUUCGAUGUGGAAGCAUGGCAAUCCAAUAUCCGCGCCGGCUUCUUGAAGUUCAUUGCCACCUCGAACGACUUUUGGUGCCGCCGACGUGGAGCACUUGUUUACGCAAUCUUCACGUUUUUGCUGAUGGUCAUUGCAAUGUUUGAGGGCCUUGGUUUGCUCGUACUCUGGCCAGGAGGGAUAUUCCUUCUCAGCUCCCUUGCCAUCUAUGCCUGGCACCGCCGUGUGGCCUUGGCGGCGGAGGAGGCGCAAAAGGCACUGUCCUGCUGGAGCUGGGGAUGUUGCUUUUGUUGCCUCUUCUGCUGGAAUCCCCUAGGUUCUUGCUUGCCGCUGACGACCUCCGAAACCUUGGAAAAGGUUGCUGCGCGAAGCGCCGAGCCGAAAAUGCAAGAAAUGCAGGAGCCACUGAUGUCUGAGAGUACACCAAAGCAAGACGGCGAAGUCGAGAUGAGUUCGCACUUGGGACGGCUACUUGCAAAAUCAAAAGAGGAGCUCGACGCGGAGCAGAAGCAGAUGCAGCUCUUUCAAGGCCUCGUGAACAAAUCUGCCCCACGCUUUGAAGAAGAUGCUUCUACUCGUCCAGGCACGACCAUGCUCUGGCUUGCCAAAUGGACCGUCCAGCAGCCCGGGGAUGAGAGCUGCUUCAAGAAGGUCCAUGCGGCAAUGGUGGAGCUGGGCCCCAUUCUCUAUGCCUUCCUGUGGUCCCUGGUGAUUGCCAGGCUUGCCCUGGAAUACUCAGAUGGGUUUAUUUGGGCCCCACUCCCGAUCCCCAGUGUCUUUGGUGACUUUGCGCCGAUCCUGGCGGACUAUGACUUUGACCUCGGCAUCCUCCCAACAUGUUUGGCCGUGCACUUCACAUGCAUUGCCCUUAGCAGCCUCGUGGAGAGUAGGGCGGCCAAGCAGCGCCUGCGCGAGUGGCUCUACAUCUAUGGGCCUCGCAAGCAGUGGAUGGAGAUGUAUCCGAAUGCGCACGAGAUGUCAGAUGCGACCUACGCCCAGAGAAGGGAAGAGGGCAAGGAGAGCUCCUACGCACACUUCUCCAGCUACAUGCACUCGAAGGGAGAGGCUGCAGCAGACAUCUGCGGUUUUACGGUAUUGCGGCCCAACCAGGCAGCUCUCCCAAGCUCCAAGGAGGUCACACUGAAGGUGACCGUUGCAUUUGCAGCCAUGUUGAGCAUGAGUGGGACCUUGUUCUUCCUGAGGUAUGCCCGCUAUGGCACCAUAGAGGCUUCUGGGGACUGGCAGAUGAAGCGCACUUUCGCCGUGGUACGCCCAAUAGCUUUCUAUGUUCUGCUUUGGCUUCCUCUAGUGUGGCAUCGGCUUCUAAAUGCUCUUCUCUUUGCAGCGGAGUGUUCGCUUCUGACCCGCACUGCCGGGAUCUUCUUUCAGGAUGUUUCUGCCGGAAACGAGAAGCGGGGAGACGUGAAGGCACUCUUGGAGACCUUGGGUUGGAAAGUUCAGGACAUCCUCUCAGAUUGGAGGCUGAUGAUCAAGGUGGGCUUUGUCCUGGACUUUAUUGGUGUGAUGACUGGGGGCAUGGCGGCCUAUCGCCUGCUUGUUCAUUACGAGGUCAGCGAGUUUGUGCCCGUGCUCGCUUGCAACUGUCUCACGAUCUUCAUAUUGCUUUGCCUUCAGGUGCUGCCUCUUGUAGCGUGGAACGACUUCUUGGAAAAGUGUGCCGGUGACGAGGCCAACAUCGAUCCCGUCCUCUACAUGUGGCUCUCACAAGGCUUUCUGAAGAUGCAGGUCUUUGGCCUCACCCUUAGCAAGGCCUACUUCGUAGGCCUCGUGAUAUCCUUAGCAGCCUUGGCGGAGCCUUUCAUCUCAGACAUUGUCACUCCACCUCUUAAGGAGAUGCUGACACAGUAA